UGGCGCCGGCGGGGCGGGCGGCUCGGCGGGCCGCGGGCGACCCCGUGUGGCCGUCAGGGGGACUGUCCGAAGAGGACAGAGGAUUGAGUGCACACCCUCAGAGGUGUGCUGAGUGCAGAGAGACACUGUGGGCGUCUGUGGGUGACACGGGAGAUGGUGUGUGCCACCAGGAGACUGUGUGGGUGUGUACUACUGUGAGAUUGUGCGUGACGCCAGAGAUCGUGCGUGGCUGUGUGACCCUGUGAAUUGUGUGGCAAGCAGAGUGUGAUUGUGUGAAGUCGUGUGUUACCCCUAGAGCUUGUAACUGUGUAUGUGACAUGAGAAAGAUGACAUGUAGGUGACUGUGUGUGAUGCCGUGUGCCUGAGACACUAUUUGGGAGACCGUGACAUCGAGAGACCAUGUGUGAGAGGGAGAGAUUGUGUGUGACAGUGUGCAACAUGGUGAAGACAUGAGUGCCACGUGUGUCACAUGGGCAGAUGAUGUGUGAGACCGAAUGCGUGUGAUCCACCCAGAUGAUGUGAGAAGGUAGUGUGAGAGGCUCAGGGGGACUGGGUGUGACAGAGAGACCAUGUGAGUAUAAGUCAGUAUGUGUCAGCCACACUGAUGAACUGUGAGGUCAUGUGGGAGAUGGACAGACUGGCACCGGAUGGUGACAGUGCAUGAGAGUGUGUAACUGUGCGGGGCACUCGGAGAUGAGAGUACGAGAGAGACCUUGCGUGUGUAAAAGCGGGAGGCUGCUGUGUUAGGGCAACAGCUGUGCGUGAUAUGGACUGCGUGGGGCUCAGCCAGAGAUUCUGCACACAACAGUUGGUGGAGGGGACGAACUCUGUGUGACUGUACGUCCGGGAAUGUGUAAGAUUGUGUGUGACAUUUAGAGGUGGUGCAAGAAUGGGUGUGACUGUGGGAGUCGCUGGAUAUAUGACUGUUACUGUGUAAUACCCUGAGAUAGUAUGUUUGACUGUGGUUGUGCGAGAUAUCAUUGGUGAUGUGUCACACUGAGAGAUUGCGAGAGACUGUGUGGCAUUUAGAGAGACCACGUGACUGUGGCACCGUGGGAGAUUGUGUAUUGAGCACGGGUUGUUUGUGAGACUCUGGCAACACUUGUGUGACACAGCGAGAGAUAAUACAUCUCUGUGCGAGGGACUGCGAGUCCCUGGGCAACAACAGGUAGGAGGCUCCAGUCCUGGCCCCAACGGCUAAUCCCUCUGCCCGAUCCCAGCCGAUCUGUCCACCUAGGAAUGAACGAAUGAGUCCCACGCCACCGCCACGCUCACCUGGGGACCGAGACUUGCCCCUAGCACACCUCCUCAGGCUCCGCUCCCGCCCGGCUUUUAACCCGUUCCCUGCCGCAGCCAUGUCCAACAACAUGGCCAAGAUCGCCGAGGCCCGCAAGACGGUGGAACAGCUAAAGCUGGAAGUGAACAUCGAUCGCAUGAAGGUGGCGCAGGCGGCCGCGGAGCUCCUGGCCUUCUGCGAGACGCACGCCAAAGAUGACCCGCUGGUGACGCCGGUACCGGCCGCAGAGAACCCCUUCCGCGACAAGCGCCUCUUCUGCGUCCUGCUCUGAGCCUUCCUGACAGCCUACCCUCCCCUGCCAAAGUAUGAAUCCAAUAAACGUGCUGAUUGUGGCGGCACCUGCAUUUUCGGGGAAACUGAGGCACGCGCGGAGCUGGGGUCCACCGCGUCUCU